UGUCAUAUAAGACGCAGCUGCAUCGCAGCAUGGAGUCGCCGCCCUCGUAGCCGGCCGCAUCCACUGGGACACCUUGACUUUUGUCUGGCAGGCACACAAGCAAGGGACCGACCGACCAUGGACGUCCCCGUCGCGGCCAACACGCUCGGCAUCCUCGGCGCCGUCUGCUGGUCCGUUCAGGUAGGUCUAUUCCAUCUCGGGCCCCCGUCUCACUACCUCACCCAUUCGUUCCCUAGUUCCCUCGACAGCAGCGCGGGCAUGCCAACAUGGCCUGCCUCCCCAGGCGGCUAGGGAGGGAUUGCCCCGGAGAAAUAAAGACGCUUUCUUGCAUUCAUUGACCCGUUGAAUGCCUGCCUGUCUGCGCAACUGUUCUGCUUGAGCGUGGGUUGUGAGUGCUUGAGUGUGAGUUGGUGAGUGACUGACUGGGUGCAAACCGAGAGAGCAGCUCAUCCCGCAAAUCGUCGUCAACGCGCGGCGGCACCACGCGACGGGCCUGCAGCCGAGCAUGAUGAUGCUGUGGGCGUGGGCGGGCGUCCCGCUCGGCGCGUACAACAUCUCCGAGGGCUUCAACGUGGCGCUGCGGGUGCAGCCGCAGAUCCUGACGGCGCUGAGCCUGGUGACGUGGGUGCAGUGCCGGCACUACCAGCGGAACUGGACCGUCCCGCGCUCCCUCCUCGCCGCCGCCCCCAUCGCCGCCCUCAUGGCCGGCACGCAAGCCGGCCUCAUCCUCAUGCUGCGCGCUCUGCGGCCCCUGGGCGUGACCUGGCCGACGACGCUCAUGGCGGUGCUCUCGGCGGUGCUGCUGGCGGCGGGCGUGUUGCGGCACUACUGGGACAUUUACACGCACCGCACCGUGCGCGGCGUGUCGUUCCUCUUCGUCGCCAUCGACGCCGCGGGCGACGUCUUCAGCCUCGCGAGCGUCUUCUUCCAGGGCCCGCCGCCGGUCGACGCCCUGGGCGUGGCCAUUUACGCGACCGAAUUUGUGCUCUGGCUGGGGGUGCUGGCGGCGGGGGCGUGGUUUAACCUGAGGCCGUGGGUGCGUGCGAGGGGAGGUUUGUGCUCGUCGUGGUGGUGGUGGGUGAAGAAGAGUCGGAGUGAGAGGCGGCGAGGGGAGGGAGAGGAUGAUGCUGACGAUGAUGGCGGGGCAUCGGAUGGUGAGCGUGGAGAGGAGGGUGGGAGGAGGAUAGGAGGAGGCGUGGCGAUGCACGACUUGCCGUCGUCGACGUCGGUGUUCCGCACGGCGUCUGCGGACGCGGACACGGAGCUGAGGGCCAGAGGGCAGCACGGGCACGGGCACGGGCAGCAGCGUGAUACAGAGAGGGACAGCACACGGGCUUGAACAGGAGAAGCAGCAGGUCGCAACGAGUCGGGCCGGAAGUCGGUCGGAAAGCGAUGAAUUAGAGUGCGCGGUCAUGAGCCGAUGAGGCUGUACAUGUACAUAGCACGGGAGCUAGGACGACGCAACCUGUCCAAGUCACUUCGUUUGACACGAAACUUUUCACAGUUUGGCAACAGGCAUCACACAUUGGC